AUGAGACCAUUAACGGAAGAGGAAACAAAAGUGGUGUUUGAAAAACUAGCCAAUUAUAUAGGUAGAAACAUAUCAUUUUUAAUAGAUAACAAAGAAAAUCCACAUGUAUUUCGAUUACAGAAAGAUAGAGUAUAUUACGUAUCAGAAAAAAUUGCAAAUUUUGCAACAUCAAUUGCAAGAACAAAUUUAAUGAGUUUAGGAAUAUGUUUUGGAAAAUUUACUAAAACUGGGAAAUUUAAAUUACAUAUUACAGCUUUAUCAUAUUUAUCACAAUUUGCCAAAUAUAAAGUAUGGAUAAAACAAAAUGGUGAAAUGCCAUUUCUUUAUGGAAAUCAUGUAUUAAAAGCUCAUAUUGGUAGAAUUAGUGAUGAUAUACCUGAACAUGCUGGUGUUAUAAUAUAUAGUAUGAAUGAUAUUCCUUUGGGCUUUGGAGUUAGUGCGAAAUCAACUAAUGAAAUAAGGAAUUUAUCACCAACUGGAAUAGUGGCUUUCAGACAAGGUGAUAUCGGUGAAUAUUUAAGAGAAGAAGAUACUUUAUUUACGUAA